UGAGUCAGUCUGUUUCCAUUCGUCGUCCGUUUGGAAUGAACUCAGACUGAAGAGAAGACGAAGAAGAGGAGGAAAGCAAAGCAGAGAGAAAAGCAGUGAGGACGAAGAAGAGGAGUGAAGGAGAAAGAAAGAAGAGCAGCAGCAUCAGAAGGUCAGAGGUCACUGACUUCAGACUGUCAUCUGAUCUGAACCAACCCGGAGACAGAAAACAACUUUCACCAUGGAGGCGUGACGGACAGCGGCAUCCCGACAGCGGACCGACCAGGGGCCGCUGAAGGCUGAGAGGUCUGCCUACACGGGGCCGAUGGAUCAGUGGCCAUGAUGGCGUCCAUCAGAGGACGAACAGGAAGUCUGAACGUGCUGCACUUCCUGCUGGGUGUGUUCCUGGUUCCUCCUGAAGGGGGUGUCAGUCUGGAGCUGCUGCCUUCAUCCUCUGAAGUUCUGAUCAACUCAAACUCCAACUUCACUGUGGUGUGUUCGGGAUGGAGCCAGGUGAUGUGGCGGUUACCUCAGGGCUCUCAGGUGGAUGGGGUUGUUGUGGAGAAUCAGGGGUCCAGCAGCGUCCUGCAACUCUUUAAUGCCACCUGGAGGAAUUCUGGGAGAUACAACUGUGAGGAGGCGUCGUCCUAUCAGAGCAGAGAGAUUGAUAUCUUCAUACCUGGUCAAGGUCCGGAGGAAUGGUUCGUCCAGCUGGGUCCAAGUGUGGUGAUGAAGGAGACGGAGGAAGAUACCAUCCCCUGCGUGGUGUCCGACCCACGGCUCAACGUCUCGCUGUACGAACGUCCCGGUAGGACACCGGUUACCGGGACAGCGUACGAGCCGGGCCGCGGCUUCACGGGUCGUCUGAAUGACACAUCAUACGUGUGCUUGGCCGCCCGCGGAAAUGAGGAGAGAGAGUCACAGGUGUACUAUGUCUUCAGCAUCGUAGUUCCUAAAGUGAUGGAGGUGGAUCUGACAGUGUCCAGCACUGUGUUGAAGCAGGGCGAGGUUCUCACUGUAAACUGCACCGUCAAAGACACUGAGAUGUUCUUCUUCUCCUGGGACUUCCCCCGCAGACAGGAAAUCGAGCCUCUGACAGACUUUCUACCCAACCGCAGCCGCUCCUUCAUUAACAUCUCCAUGGCUACGGUGGCAGAUUCUGGUGUGUAUGUGUGUGCAGUGCAGGAGACAAAGCAGGGAAAAACUGUGGUGAAAAACAUCACAGUUACAGUACUGGAUCGAGGUUACGUCUACCUGUGGCCUUCAGGUGAGACCAACGUGUCGUCUCUCCUCCAUCACACAGUGGAGUUCAGCGUGGAGGUCGACGCCUACCCCACCCCCACCGUCCUGUGGACCAAAGACAACCAGACCGUUGCCACGGAAACCACCUCUGUCACCACCACACACCUGACAGGAAGCAGGUAUAUGAGCACGCUGACGCUGGUUCGAGUCCAGAUGGAUCAGACAGGAAGUUACACUGUGACCGUUUCUAACAACGAUGACGUCGAGGAGGUCAUCUUCAACCUGGAGGUCAAAGCGCCCCCCAGGAUCACGUCUCUGUCGGAGGUCGGCAGUAAGGCCGUGCUUUGUGUCAGCGAGGGAGCUCCACCCCCUUCUGUCACCUGGUACACCUGUCACAGCUCACACAGGUGCAGUAAUUUGACGGGCGGCUGGAGGAGCCUAUCAGCAGCCUUGGAGGGCGGGGCUCUGCAGGAGAACAUCACUGAGGUGGAAGAGAGAGGUGUAACCCAGGUACGCAGUGUGUUGACUCUGCAGAGUCUAAUUUCUCUGUCAGCUGUUCGCUGUGAGGCCAAAAACUCUGCAGGACGACGAGCCAGAGACCUCCGAAUACUGUCUAAUUCUCUCCUGUCUCAGGUUGUAGUCUUGGCAGCAGUUCUGGUUCUGGUCAUCAUCGCCGUCAUCUUCCUCAUCAUCCUCAUCCUCCUCUGGAGAAAAAAACCUCGUUAUGAAGUUUGUUGGAAGGUAAUUGAGUCUGUGAGUCCUGACGGACAGCGGUACACCUACCUUGACCCCGCCCACCUGCCAUACAACUCCACCUGGGAAGUACCACGCGACAACGUAGUACUAGGUCAGGUGUUGGGUUCAGGUGCGUUCGGUCGUGUCGUUGAGGGGACCGUCUCUGGUCUGCUUCACUCUCAUUCUACAACUAAAGUGGCCGUCAAAGUGGUCAAACCCAGCAGCGUUGCGGUUCAGUCUCUGAUGUCGGAGUUGAAGGUUUUGGUUCAUCUCGGUCCUCACCUGAAUGUCGUCAACCUGCUGGGAGCGUGCACGAGGGGAGGUCCUGUCUACCUGAUCACUGAGUUCUGUCGUCAUGGAGACCUGGUGAACUACCUGCAAAGGAACAAACACACCUUCUUACAGAGUGACACACACACCAAGAGUGACAGUGAUGGAGGUUAUAUGGACAUGAAUAAGGAGGAGCGCAUUCAGUUCGAAGCCAUGAAGGAGCUCAGCUACGCAGAAAUCGAACCUGCGGUGUGUGAGAUGCCGUACACACCACCAGACCAGCAGGAGGCGUCUCUCCUCCUCAGUGACUCUCCUCUCCUCACUCCCAACGACCUCCUCAGCUUUUCCUUCCAGGUCUCUCAGGCCAUGGACUUCCUCUCCUCCAGAAACUGUGUCCACAGAGACCUGGCAGCGAGGAACGUCCUGGUCUGUGAGGGGAAGCUUGUGAAGAUCUGUGACUUCAGUCUGGCCAGAGAUCUGAUGAAGGACCAGGACUACAUCGCCAGAGGAAAUAGCUUUCUGCCAGUGAAGUGGAUGUCUCCAGAGAGUAUUUUCCAGAACAUUUACAGCUCUCAGAGUGAUGUCUGGUCCUACGGAGUCUUACUGUGGGAGAUCUUCUCUCUGGGUGGGAGCCCGUACCCCGACCUCCCCAUGACCCAGGAGUUUUACUCUGCUCUGAAGAGAGGAUACAGAAUGAGCCGACCCGACCACGCUCCUCACAACAUUUUUGAUCUGAUGAAACUGUGUUGGGAGGAGAAACCUCAGUCCAGACCUUCUUUCUCCUCAUUGGUCGUUUCCGUGGGCAACAUGUUAACUGAUGACUACAAAAAGUGUUACCUCCAGCUGACUGAAAACUUCCUGAAAGGUGAAAAUCCAGCUGUUGUUCGAUCCAGACUGAGUCCAUGUGCAGCUGCUGGAGAUCAGACUGAUGGAAGUCCUGCCCCUCAGGUGAACGUUCACCUUUUGGAGGCGGAGCCAGAGGAGGCAGGCCCCUCCCACGGCACUUACAUCAUACCCAUCCAUGACAUCACCAUAGAAACAAGCAGCGGUGCUGCGCUGGACGCAGUCAGCCCUCAGCUGUCAGAGUCUCAGGACACACCAGGAGCACAGGAAGUGACAUCAUCAGAGGACAGACAGGAGGCUGAGGAGGCUACUGAUGCGUCCUGCAGACGUGAGGAAGAGGAGGAGAGCUGCCUGUGAAGGGUUCAGCUGCUUUCAGAGCGGACUGAGGGUUUAAUUAACCCAUAAGAUCAGCCACAGUCCUCCUGGCAGGCAGAGCAGAGGGCUGGAUAACCCGUGAUACAUCAUGACAUCAUCAAUAGACAAGAGGUUCGGCUCAGCAAGCCAGGCAAUAAAAGGGUUAUUUUGCCCACAUUAUGACUGUAAGGCUGCCAAAGGAAAUUUUUGAAAUCGUGUUUGACUCCACAAACAGGAAACCGAAAUAUUAUUCCUGUUUAAAUGAAACAGAAUUUGAAUGAAACAGAGUUGUGUUCACAGUAAAGUGUGCAGCAGGUCCUGAAUCUGAUUUAUAACUUAAUAAUAUUCAGCUUUGUAUUCUGCAUUUACUCAUAUUAUUCAGAAGUGUCUUUGUAUAUCUGUAGUAUUAUCUGCUUUGUGUUUAUUCAAACUGCUCUGAUUCGUGUCAGAACUGAAACUCUUUAUUCAAAUAAAUAUCAAAAUAAAGUCUA